AUGCACUCCGAGCCGCCUCAGCCUCCUCCAUUCAUAGACCACAAGCCCGAGUCACUCGUAGCAACGGCCGACCGUCUCAUAACCGCCUUGGUCAAAGUCUGGGACCAGGUCGCCCUCAUACCUGAAUCGGAGGCGACAUUCGAAAACGCCAUACAGCCCUUGAUCAACGAGGAAAACCAGCGCCUGACAGAAUCCCGCAUCCUCUACUUCCUCUCCAGUGCCUCGACGUCGAAGGAGGUGCGUGUAGCCGCAAAAGAUGCCUCCACCCGUGUGACCCAGGCCACCAUCCAACAGCUCACCCGCGAGGAUGUUUUCCGUGUUGUGUCCGCGGUCUCGCAAAGACCAGAGACCCGAAAAUUACCCCCCGAGUCGCAAUUGUACCUGAAGAAGCUCAUGCACGAGUUCAAGAUGAACGGGCUUGGUCUGGAGGAUCCCGAGGCUAAAGAGCGUCUGAAAAGGGACAACCUGCGGCUGGUCGAAGUUUUGAAAGAGUACAUCAUGAACCUCAACGCAGACGUCAGCGGGAUAUGGCUGUCUCUGGAUGAGAUGGAAGGCUUGCCUCCUAAUUUCAUCGAAAGAAUCAAUGAGAGAGAGGAAGACGGGAAAUAUUGGGUCAGCUUCAAAACUCCGAAUCGGGUCGCCGUGUUGAACAAUGCCAAAAAUGUUGCUGUGCGCCGGAGAUACUACACCGCCUGGGACAACCGGCUCAAGGAUGCUAAUGGGCCGCUUUUGACCGAGACGCUUCAAUUGAGGCAUGAAACUGCAAGGAUUCUGGGGUUUGAAAACUUUGCCGUGUCCAGAGAUGCUGAACAUAUGCUGUCUGCAGCCGAGGCCUCGAGCUUUCUUUCAGGCGUCAGCGAGCAGUUGUUGGAGCUCGGCCGACAAGAGCUGGUCCAUUUGGUCUCAUUGAAGGAGUCUGAGUUGGUUGACCUCCAGGAAGAGCUGAAAGACGAAUCCUCGACAAAGGCGAUCUUCCGGUGGGACUUUGCGUACUACAAGCGGAUGGCCAAAGAUGGCGUGUCCAAGCUGAAUGGCGAUAAAGCCUCGGAAUACUUCUCCUUCCAGCUCGUGCUUCCAAAGCUCUUCCAGAUGUUUUCACUGCUGUUUGGACUUCGAUUCGUCAUCUUAUCGGGAACGGACAAGUCCACCGGGACUUGGCACCCAGAUGUGCUGGCCAUGGCUGUUUGGGAUGAGGUUGACGAGGGAGGGGGGUUCUUGGGCUAUUUGUUCAUUGAUCCAUAUCCUCGCGAGGGGAAGUACGGUCAUGUCGGACAACACGGUCUGCAGCCGGGAUUCACCCGCACGGACGGAACGCGGCAUUAUCCUACGUCGUGUCUCAUGCUGAACUACACGCCACCGACAGCAACAAAACCAGGCCUCUUGACAUAUACCGAAGUGGUCUCAUGUUUCCACGAGAUGGGCCACUCGAUCCACUACCUGACGAGCCGCAGUACACACGCUCGGUUCCACCAGAACACGCCCCGGGACUUUCUUGAGAUACCAAGCCGCAUGCUCGAGCACUUCUUUUACGAUAGGAACAUAAUUCGUGCCGUAUCCUGUCACUAUGAGAACCCGGAAGAAGACAACAAGCUCCCCGAAGAUGCAAUAGAAAAGCUGGUCUCUAAACGCUACGAAAACGUCGCAUCAACCAAGCUCGGAGACUUGGUUUUUGCAAAGUUUGAUCUGGCCGUCCACACAGCCUGGGAUGACCCAGCUACCCGAAACCUGUCCGCCCUGCUUAACAAGCUCAGACACGACUUCAGCCUCCUGAGCGGCCCGGAGGAUCUCGGAAUGGGGUACGGAACCCUCCAUGGACAGACGCACGUGCGGUUUAUCCAUGGCUAUGGUGCCAGCUACUAUAGCUAUCUGCUGUGA